UCGUAUAUAUACUGUAUAUCCGAGUAAACUUGUGUUUUGUUACUCCCUGUAUCAGCUUGAAUUAUUUGUUUUAACAUACGAUAAGAUAACAAUUAUCUAUUUAUUAUUAAAGGUUAAUUACCUUAAAGGAAUUGCAUCAACACGAAUUACUCAUUCAGAAGUAUUUUGUUGACGAAUAUUGACGUUUUAUUUAUCAUAAUUACAUAUUUACUUGAUUGUAGUUAGAUUUUUCGCUUUUGACGUUUUAUAUAGGAUUUUGUGACGUAUUAUAUAGGAUUUUGUGACGUAUUAUAUAGGAUUUUGCACUUCACGCAGAUGGAAGAGUUUGUGAAAAAGGAGUUGAUACCAGUGACAAGAUGAGCGAUUUAACAGUAGAUGGUGCCAGGAGAAAAUCCCGGAAAUAUACUCAUGAUGUGGAUUCUGGAUAUGCUUGGAUAAUAUUAGCAGGAUGUUUUGUAAUGUACGUGUUUGUGGUAGGCAGUUUGAAGGCGUAUGGAGUCUUGUACACCGAGAUGGUAGAAUAUUACUCAUCUGGGUCUGGAAAUACAGCUUGGAUCGGAAGCAUAGCUUUGAUACUACUCUUUGGCUUAGGACCUUUAUCCAACCUUUUGUGUAAAAUAUACUCAUUUCGGCGAAUUACGUUUAUUGGUGGUAUAUUUUUGGCGCUGGGUUACUGCCUGUCGGGAUUUGUUACAAGGAUGGAGAUGAUGUAUUUAACGUUCCUUAGCACGGGCAUAGGAUAUGGACUCGUUUUUGCGCCAUCUUCCACAAUCAUAAGUUUCUAUUUUGAAAAGCGGCGAGCACUUGCCAACGGGAUAACAGUUUCCGGUAGUGGCUUGGGAGCAGUAGCACUUCCGUUUCUUUACAAGUUUCUUAUUGAGCAAUAUGGUAUACAGGGUAUGUUCUGGAUAAGUGGAGCUAUUUUUGCAAAUAUAUGUGUAGCAGCUUGCAUAUUUCGCCAACCAAGUGAAUUUAGUAUAGAAACAAGUGAAAGACCACACCCGUUAAGAACUAGUAACACGCGAAAUGACUGUGAUAGUGAAGAAAACCAAAUGUCCAUCGAUAGUGAUGUAAACAGAACAGCUAAAAAACUGGAGAAAAUACGUUGUAAAGAUUUAGAUCUAAAAUUCUCCCUUUUUAGACGUCCAUUGUUUACUCUAUAUGUAUUAUCUUUUAUGUGUUGUGCAUUUGGAUUUGCUGCUAGUAUCGUGCUCAUUCCAGCAAAUGUAAAAGCACUAGGAUAUGAUGACACCCACGUGGCUUUAAGUGUAACUAUUCUCGGAAGUGUGGAAGUGGUAGCUAGAAUACUGAUGGGGUGGGUUGCAGAUUUAAAUAUCAUUCAGCGGAAAUAUAUGUACGCGGGUAGUAUGUUUAUUGGAGGGAUCGCCUCGGUUCUAGCUCCUUGUUUCGGACACUUUAAUUUUAUGGCUGUGUACGCAGCAAUUGUGGCAACAUUUCCAGGUUCAUAUAUGAGUUUAGUUUCGGUGCUUCUUAUAGAGGUUGUAGGAUUAGAAAACUUUUCGCCAGCUUUUGGACUACUGUCGUUGUCAUUAGCAGUUGCAAAUAUUCCUAGUCAUCCUGCAGUCGGUUGGUUGUAUGAUAUUUACGGUAACUGGGGUCCUUCAUUCCUGCUCACAGGAUGCGUGUACAUUUCAGCUGGCGUUAUCAUAAUGUUAGAACCGAUUGUGGUUCGUGUUUUCAAUAUAAAAACUGACAAUAAAAACUCAAAUCUGCAGGAUAAUCAACAGAUGAACCAAGAUCAAUAUAUGUGACUGUUAACAUUUACAGAAAUAGUGCAAUUUUACUACAAUCAUUCGGGAUACAAAACGUUUGUUAAAUUGUUUUAAUUUUGCUGUUAUUAUUUUAUGUAUAACGUAUUUUAAUUCUUGUUGACAGUAACUAAUGAAAAGAUAAAUAAAAUGUUACAUAAAGAAAAGAAAUGAAGUUUUAUAAAUUUAACCUGUAAAAUUCAUCAGUUUCCGAUAUUUCUAUUACUGUCAAUGAUAAUAAGGCAUAUGUUGUGUUUGAUAAAACAACAGCAAAGGUUAAUUUAUAAGAAAAAAACAAUUAAGGAAACAUUGAAUAUUAAAAAAAGUUCACAACGCAAUUCUUGUAAAGAAAAUUACAUUUGACACGUGUUUGACAUGGUUUGAGAGAGAGAGAGAGAGAGAGAGAGAGAGAGAGAGAGAGAGAGACGGAAACAACUGCUAAAGAAACUUUGUAGGCGCCAAUGAACAUUAACUUUCAGUCAAAUAUAUGUGAUAUAAUCAUAUAUUUUUUAAAUACUGUUAAUCUCACUUUAUUAAGACAAAUAUCGUAACCGUAGUUACUACAUGUACAGUUAUUUAUUUAUGUAAUUUUGUUUAAAAAUGGUGGUUUACAGAAUUAUUAUUUGUUUAAAGCAGCAUACUUUCAGAUUCAUGCUUAUUUAAAUGAAAAUUUUGAAAAUGUAUGAAAAAGUAAAAUAUUUUCAUAUGAACAAAGAAAGUAAUUUUGGAUACAAUUUUACAUGAUUAUGUCAACUAUAUACAUGUAAUGUGAUAUUUAAGAUAACAUUAAAAACUAUAAACUG